CCCCCUCUCUCUCUCCCUCCCUCCUUCCCUCCCUUCCUCCCUCCCAGCCUCCCUCCCUCUCUGAAGCUCCUGCUCUCUCCCUCCCCUCCCGAGAGCUCUCCCUCCCUCCUCCCUCCCUCCUCCCUCCCUCCCGCUUGCUCUCCGUCUCUCUCUCGCUACCGAGGGCUCCCACAGCAGUUCCCAGCCAGUGUGUUCAGCCUGCCUGCCUGCCUGCCUCUGUGUGUGUGUGCGCGCGCGUGUGCGAGCGUGUGCGUGCGGCUACUUUGUACUGUGAAGAACACAGCCCAUGUGCUCUGCAUGGACGUUACUGCUACUCUGUUUAGCUUGAUUUUCGACAAGCAGGCAAGAUGUCCAGCACACCACAUGACCCCUUCUAUUCUUCUCCUUUUGGCCCAUUUUAUAGGAGACAUACACCCUACAUGGUACAACCAGAGUACCGAAUCUAUGAGAUGAACAAGAGACUGCAGUCGCGCACAGAGGAUAGCGACAACCUCUGGUGGGAUGCGUUUGCCACCGAGUUUUUUGAAGAUGACGCCACAUUAACCCUUUCCUUUUGCUUGGAAGAUGGACCAAAGCGAUACACUAUCGGCAGGACCCUCAUCCCCCGUUACUUUAGCACUGUGUUUGAAGGAGGAGUGACUGACCUGUAUUACAUCCUCAAACACUCAAAAGAAUCCUACCACAACUCAUCCAUCACGGUCGACUGCGACCAGUGUGCGAUGGUCACCCAGCACGGGAAGCCCAUGUUUACCAAGGUGUGUACAGAAGGCAGACUGAUCUUGGAGUUCACCUUUGAUGAUCUCAUGAGAAUAAAAACAUGGCACUUUACCAUUAGACAAUACAGAGAGUUAGUCCCAAGAAGCAUUCUUGCCAUGCAUGCACAAGAUCCUCAGGUCCUGGAUCAGCUGUCCAAAAACAUCACCAGGAUGGGGCUGACAAAUUUCACCCUCAACUACCUCAGGUUGUGUGUAAUACUGGAGCCAAUGCAGGAACUGAUGUCCAGACAUAAAACUUACAACCUCAGUCCACGAGACUGCCUGAAGACCUGCUUGUUUCAGAAGUGGCAGCGGAUGGUGGCGCCGCCAGCAGAGCCCACAAGGCAACCGACAACGAAACGGAGAAAAAGAAAAAAUUCCACCAGCAGCACGUCCAACAGCGGCGCUGGGAACACCGCCAACAGCACGGGCAGCAAGAAGAAGGCGCCAGCCGCCAACCUGAGUCUGUCCAGUCAGGUACCUGAUGUGAUGGUGGUAGGAGAGCCAACUCUGAUGGGAGGUGAGUUUGGGGACGAGGACGAAAGGCUAAUCACUAGAUUAGAAAACACGCAGUAUGAUGCGGCCAACGGCAUGGACGACGAGGAAGACUUCACCAGUUCACCCGCCCUGGGGAACAGCAGCCCUUGGAACAGUAAACCUCCUGCCACUCAAGAGACCAAAUCAGAAAACCCCCCACCCCAAGCUUCCCAGUAAGAUUGACCAGCUCCAGAAUCCACUGUCAAUAGCCCCCGUGGGUUACGCUCACUAUUUCAGAUCCUUACUCACAGGAGAGGAAGGAGGAGACAUUAAAACUUUUCCAAGCAAAUACCGAUUUCUAAACCGCAGUGAUCUGAGUUUCUCUCUUUCUUUUUUUUAAUUGAGAGGAUCAUUCCCAGUAAACUUCCAUGACCCCUCCCAGGAGGCCUUCACAGGUAACACAGAUACUGGCACUGAUCGUAAUUAAAGUAAGAGCAAACGCUAGCGCUUCUCCUGGCUCGGUUUUAACCACGUUUGUUAAUUUCAUUCCCCCCCCCCACCCCCCCGCCCCACCCAACCAUCCAACGAAGGCCAUAUUGUCAAUAAACCCUCAGUGCUCAGGAUCUCAUUCUAUGCCGAACCCAACUACAGAUAGACUUUUUAAUAUUGUAAAAUAUUUUCUGCUUUUUGACUUGCAUCUGAGAGUUUCUUGUUUCAGUAAAAAAAGAAAAGGAAAAAAAAUCCACUUUUGGAAAGUAAUUUAAAUGUACCUUUAUUUUUUUUUUCCCCUUCACCUUUUCUUUCAUUGGGUAACAGCUAAGAGGGCCCAGCAGGGUAAUUUAUGGCCGAGCUAAUGUCAAUUGGUCCUCGAGCCCGAGUUGGUUCAGUCGAGCCCGAGUGCUGAAACAAGAAAUGUCUUUUUGUCAUCAGAGACACCAAGGCAGAUUUUUAUGUAAAGAAAGGCACUUGGCCCCCUGAGAAUGAAUGCGUUUGUAAAAUUUCUGUUGAUCCAAAUAUUUUCAAGCCAUGUAAUCCAUUAAUUUUGUGGGCAGUUUAAUAAAUCUGAAACUCUUUUGUGUUUUUUUUGUUGUAUCUGAGUUGACUGUUGUUUCUUUUCAUAGUAUAUUUCCUGUAUAAUAUUUUGUAAAGCCCUAACCUAGUUCUUUUAUGGGGACUUUUCUUUGGGAGCAAUUCCAGUGUAUUUAUGUGAAACUUUAUAAAAGAACUAAUUUUUCCAUUUGCAUAUUAAUAUGUUCCUCUAUACAUGUAAAGACACAGUGGCUCCGUGUGUUAUAAAACAGCUGUAUUUUAUGUAUGCUUUACUGAUAAGUGUGCCAAUAAUAAACUGUUAACGACCAAA